AUGCCUGCUGGGACGAGAUCUCAGGAUGCGGUGAGCAAUGCGCAGCUCGUGUUGGGUGGAAAUGGCCCGACGCCGCCGGAGUAUCAACGUCCGUUUUCGCAGAAGAACUCUCUGCGUUUUCAUCAAGAGUACUUAGAGUAUGAGCGCAAGAUUACUCUUAGCAAUCUCGGGCAGUCAGUGCAACGACAAGUUCUGAAGCGGACUCAACUGCUGCCCAACAGCGUCCGCGCGACGUUGUCGCGCAUCUACUUUCGUAAUGCUCACGGCCGAGAACUCGAGGAGGAUGAUCUUCUCGAGGCCUUGACCAAACAUGCUGAGUGUUGGGCCGAGGCCCAAACCGACCCCCAUGUUGCCUUUACUGAGGUAUCGCGCAUCGUGACCAUGGGGAAGCAGCCGACCGCAGUGGACCGCAUUGACGCAGUGUAUGACAAGCUAUCGGUGUAUUUCGAGAACCCCCGAUCUAAGGCACUGUUUUGCGAGGUGAAUGGGGCGUUCAAACCGGGCCCAGCACAGGUCAUCACUAAACAUCUGGUCGCGGGACUUACGCCUCCGGAAUUCCGCAAGAAAGUCGACGGUAUUCUCGCUAUGCGCGAGCGUUGGAAGGAGGAUCCGGAGCUCGUCUUCGAUUUGAUUCGUGAGGCGGCUACGGAUUGGCGAACUGUGGAACAGUUUGAACGUGAUCGUGGAUCACAACGUGGAGCCGCUGAGAAGGCGGCGCCGUCGUCGGCUGCACGUCGGAAGCAGAAGUCGACGCCUGGUCCGUUGACGUGCUGGACGUGUGGCGAGGCCGGUCACCGGUCGGGGGAUUGCCCCAAGGGCGGCGCCUCGGCUUUGGGCGCGGAUGCUGAUUCGCGGGCUUCGCGAUCGCACGGAUCUGCUGGUUCCGCGAAGGGCUCGGCGGGCCGUCCACGGGGGGCAUCCCAAACCCACCGUAAGGGCACCCCCGCUGCUCGCGGAGGCUCGCAGCAGCGGAACUCCGCGUCGUCUACGUCUGCUGGUGCUUCGACACAGAAUACGCCUGUGGCGGGUCGUGUUGCGUCGACGUCCGAGGGUGACGCCAAGGAGAGCGGCGAUGAUCACGGGGUUGUGCCGUCUUCCCCUCUUCCGGAGGACGGUGAGGCUGCGUCCCCCGGUGCAGCACCCGCUGCUACGGCGUGGAGGGGGGUCUCCGCUGGAGGUGAGCAUCGACUGCUUCAAGAGGAGUUUGACGCGAAUGCACACGACCGGUCAUGCCAGGUGGAUCUGUCCGUUCCGGGGAUGUCGUGCCCCGACGUGUGUCCCGCUGUCGGGAUUCUGGAUUCUGGUGCUGGUUUGACUGCUAUGUCUGCUAGUGUUGCCCAGAAACUGCAGAAGAAGUGCCCUGACGUCUCCGUGGUCGUGAGUACCGACCACCCUCAUCAAGUCAAGACGGUCGAGGGGCGACUGGUGACUGUCACCGAGAAAACGUGUCCCGUCCGCAUGACCAUACACACCCAAUGGGGUCCGGUGGUGCUGGACCCGCGUGCCUUCGCUGUUAUGCCUGGGACGGACGACGUGGUCAUCAUUGGGGACCCGACCUUGACAAAGCUGGGUAUCGACGUGUACGAGGCGAUGGCGCAACAUGCACUGAAGGAGCGCGAUAUGGAGGUGCGGGGUGUUGAUACUCCGGGGUUUCACGAGGCUCGCCGUAUUUCGGUGAGUGUGGAGGCUUUUACGCAACGUGCCGCACCGGACCCGCCGGACGCGGCGGUGGAGCGCUUGGUGGCUCGUGGCCCGGAUAUGGUCAUGACUCCCGCCGAAGAGGAGGCAGGAAGGGCGGACGCUUUAGACCGGGCAGUGGACUCGGCGGCAGACGCCGGUCUGUCCCCGUGGGGACUUGAUCGUCUACGACAGGUCGUCGAUCGCCGCUUCAAUGUCUUUCGCCGCGGUGUACGAGGAGACCCGCCCGCUAACGUGCCGCCGAUGACCGUCAAGCUCAAGACUGGGGCGAAGCCAGUCAAAGCUAGGUUGCGGACGUACAACCCGGACAAGACCAAGUGGUUGACCACUUGCCUGGCUGCCCUCGUGGCGUUGGGAUUGGUGUACGUGAACCUGCAGGCGAUCUGGGCGAGCGCGAUCAUGCUUACACCGAAACGUUCCGGGGAUAAGGUGACGUAUAGGUUUGUAGGUGAUUUUCGUGCUGUGAAUCGCCAAAUCGAGAAAAGCCCUGGACCUAUGCCUGAUCUGGAAGCUGAUAUGCAGCGCUUAAGCCGUGCUACGUGUUACGGGAGCCUGGACAUGCUUCAAGGGUAUUGGGGGAUGCCGCUGGCGCCCGAGGCGCAAGAGAUUUUCACGAUGAUCGGGCCAGGAGGUUUGUACUCGCCGGAGCGUGUCCCGCAAGGAGUGCUGAAUGCCACCUCCUACUACCAGGGUACGAUGAACAGCAUCUUGCAUGACCUGAAUUGUAUUGUUUGGGUGGACGACAUCGUGUACUGGGGAGAGACCGAGGAAGAUUUGCUGAACACGCUUGACCUAAUCUUGGCAAGGUUCGAACAUCAUGGGCUAUUUGUGGCUGCCCACAAGUGCACCUUUUAUACCACGUCUGUCAAAUGGUGUGGGAAGGUAUACUCGAAAGGCGUGAUCGAACAUGACCGGGACCGUCUGAGCGGGUUGGCUAACCUACGUCGUCCUGAGACCGCAGGAGAGCUAAUGCAAUUUUUGCAGGCUGUCAACUGGCUGCGCACUUCUCUGCCUCGGAUGUCGGAGAUAGUGGCACCUUUGCGGGAGUUCCUGGAGCUUCACAUGGCCGGAAACCCGAAUAGAACCAAGCGUGUGGCAUCAAACCGAGCGAUCGCUCCUGACGCGUGGACACCCGCGAUGGUGGAGUCGUGGGAGCGAGCGCAGGACAUGGUCGCCAAUGCGGUCACAUUGUAUCAUCCGGUGGCAGGGAAAGCGGUUUUGAUGUUCCCUGAUGCUUCCGACGAACAUUGGGGAAGCUUCGUGACUCAGGUGCCACAAUCGGAGGUGGACAACAACGUUCCCGUGGAAGACAUGAGCCACGAACCGUUGGGUUUCCUGAGUGGUACAUUUCGUGGGUCUCAACUGCGGUGGGCUACCGUAGACAAGGAAGGAUUCGCAAUCAUCAGCACGUUCCGGAGGUUGGAAUAUUUGCUGUGGGGUGGUGUGCAUAUUCACACCGAUCAUCGUAACUUGGCAUACAUAUUCGACCCGGAAGCGUGCAUCUCAACGGUGCCGAAGACCACGGCGCAGCGUCUAGAGAAUUGGAAGGCGGUCCUUGGCCAGUACGACUACACGAUUCAGCACAUCUCAGGUGAACGCAACUGCUGGGGGGAUUUGUUGUCGCGUUGGGUGAAUGUACCCGCCGUGAGUAAUCGAUCCGCGGCGGUCUUCAUGCCGAGUACGCCCGACUGUAACCUACCCUCCAAGAACGCUAUACGCGAAGUUCAACAGACAGUGCGCGCAUCUGUCGGGGAUACCAAUGCGUGUUUCACGGAUACACUCGGUCGUGUUGCACCGGACGAUGAAGGUUUAUUCCGUGUCAUGAUUGACGGUCGCAAAGUUCUGUGGAUUCCCGAUACCGCGCGUGAUAUGCAGCUACGACUCAUGUUGUGUGCGCACAUGAAAGAAGCCGGCCACCGCGGUGUUACAGCAACGAUGCACCGCUUGCGGGAAUACUGCUGCUGGUCUACAAUGGACCGCGAUGUGAAGGAGUUCGUGCAACAAUGCCUGCAUUGUAUGGAUUCUAAAUCUGGUGAGAUAGUGCCGCGUCCUUUUGGAGAGACGGUUCAUGGCAAGCGACCUGGAGAAGUAUUACACUUCGACUACCUUCAUGUAGGCAAGAGCGGACCGCUCGGCGCGGAUGGGCUGGACGAAUCUGAUGGAUAUGUAUAUUUGUUGGUGAUGAUGGACGAUCUUAGCAACUUCGCGUGGAUGGAGCCGACUGGUACGUGCACGGCGCGGUUAACGGCGCAACACCUCCUGAAUUGGUGUAAAACGCUGGGUGUGCCUGAAGUUUGGGUAAGCGACACCGCCACUCAUUUCAAAAACAGCGUAAUGGACACCUUGGAGAAAGCGUUGGGUGUUGAGCGACGCUUUACCGUGGCUAACUCGCCCUGGUCGAAUGGAACGUGCGAACGUAUGAUGCGCGAGAUAGUACGCACGAUGAAAGCCGUUUUGCAGGAACGACGGCGAAAUGUGCGGGACUGGGUGGAUCUGGUGCCGGCAGUUCAAUGGGCGCUAAACACCGCGUAUCGUGAGCGGUAUGCAUCAACACCUUAUCAUGUCAUGUUCGGCCGCGCUCCUCGCACGAGUUUUUCCACCCUGGCGUCGUCGUCUGGGGAAGCCUGGAACAUCGACACGCUUGAUGCGACCAAGUUGAAACAACAAGUCCAAAAUGUGAUCCAGACUCAAGCGGUUCUGCACAAACAAGUUCAACAGAAGGUGGAUCACAAUCGUGCCAGGCAACGUGCGGCGGCAAGUCGCGGUGAUUUACCAGCAUUUACGGUGGGAGACUAUGUGAUGGUGGCACGUGUCCGUCGCAGCGGAAUCACGCCCAAAUUGUCCUCUACUUGGACUGGUCCUUGGCGCGUGGUAUCGGCCGCUAAAAAGCACGUUUACGGUGUUCAGAACAUCGUUAAUGGGCAGGUCCGCGAUGUCCAUGUGGCUCGUCUGCGGUUCUACGCCGAUUCGGAACUGAACGUCACAUCCGAUCUCAAAGACGUGUUCCAACACUCUUUCGGGCAAGGCGAACAUGAAAUGGAAUCUAUUCUCAACAUUGGACCAGCUCAUGAUGGAUCGGGAUAUCUUGUUCGUGUGCGGUGGGCUGGGUUCGAGGAGGACGAAGACACUUGGCAACCACUUUCGGAUAUUUACCAGGAUGCGCCGCAGUUUUUGAAGCAAGAGUUGCGCAAGAUGAAGCUAUCCAAGGAAGUCAAGGACAACAUAAAAAAGGAAUAUGGUAUCGUUUUUUAACGGCCAAAUGAGUUGAAGUUGCGUGGAAAAGGGCGAGGAAAUCUUACUACCGCAAGAUAGCAUUGUUCAUUUAUAUGUUUGUCUUGGUUUUUGUAGUUGUUUCUGAAGACGCCAUCACACAGUAUAAUGAUGAAAUAAUUAGUAACACGAAAUCAGGCGAAUAUGGUGUUUAGUGUAAACAAACGCGUUAGGAUUGAAUAAAAUUUUAGCGUGUGAUUAUGUGGUUUCGCAUCAUUUAGUAUGUGCCUACCAUUGUUUUGUCAAGCACAUAGUGUCUACGAUUGGAAUGUAGUAUGCGCUUUGGGGGCAUUGUGGACAUUGGCCGUGGUAGUCACAGUGUAGGAAGGUUCUACGGAGAUCUUGGGGACUCCGUGUGUGAAGAUAUCACAGGGGCCAUACCCUGUGUGUGAGGAUUGUGUGGACUCUCCGUCUUGUGUUCCACUCCUCCUAUCUUGUGAUCGAUGAUAUAAUACAAGUGAAGAAACAAACAUCACCAGCCCCUUGGGGGAAAGGAGUCCUGGUGGCUCGAGGACAACUCCAACUGUCCAUAGAGUGAAAGGAGGCACGUCCGCACUCCUGUGCGUAUUGGUCAACAGCGGUUUUGACUACCGAAGGUGGCCAUAUCUCGGCGAGUGCAGAGGUACAAGCUCGCAUUGCGCGGGCGUCAAGACGCCGAAAACAGGCGAACAAGAUCGACCUCGGACCAGUCAACGCCAAUGAUAUGUGGAUGGAGUGUAGACGCAUCGUAGAACGCGUUUUCGUUUGAAGUUGGCGUCUUGUUUGAGAGUAGAUGUGACAGAUUUGCGUAGAAUAGGGUAAGAUGUUAUCAUGAACGGAGAUGAAAGGGCUUUUCCAACACGGAGAUGUAGCAUGGAUCAAAGCUUUUGUUGGAUUUCAGCUUUUACAAGCGGACAUCAACGCAGUAGUAUUUUAGCAAGCUUACGAACGCAUAUAGGAUACCAUCAGGAUU